AUGAUCAAGGCGAUCCUCAUCUUUAACAACCACGGGAAGCCCCGGCUCUCCAAGUUCUACCAGCCCUACAGUGAAGAUACACAACAGCAAGUCAUCAGGGAGACAUUCCAUUUGGUAUCUAAGAGAGAUGAAAAUGUUUGUAAUUUCCUAGCAGGAGGAUUAUUAAUUGGAGGAUCUGACAACAAACUGAUUUAUAGACAUUAUGCAACAUUAUAUUUUGUCUUCUGUGUGGAUUCUUCAGAAAGUGAACUUGGCAUUUUAGAUCUAGUUCAAGUUCCCAAUAUUCUUGCAGAAAUGGUGAUGGGGGGAAUGGUAUUGGAGACCAGCAUGAAUGAAAUUGUUACACAAAUUGAUGCACAAAAUAAACUGGAGAAAUCUGAGGCUGGCUUAGCAGGAGCUCCAGCCCAUGCUGUAUCAGCUGUAAAGAAUAUGAAUCUUCCUGAGAUCCCAAGAAAUAUUAACAUUGGUGACAUCAGUAUAAAAGUGCCAAACCUGCCCUCUUUUAAAUAAAAAAUUUAAAAGGCC